UUUUUCCUUCAAAAAAAUUUUUUUUCUUUCCCAUUUAUUUAUUCUUCUUUUUUAUUAUUUUUUUCAUCUCCCAUGGUGUUAUUUUUCUUUUAUUUCCCAUUUUUCUUUUUUUCUCUAACACUCUCUCUUUUUAACAUUCUAUUUCUUCAUUUUUGUCUACCUUCAACACUAUUUUUUAAAAAUAAAAAUAAAAAGGUUUUGUGUAUAUUGAGAGAGAUAAAAGCAAUUUUUGGAAGAAAUACAUACUCUGUGUGGGGUGUUUGUCUCCCUUUCUUUUUUCAGUCAAUUCUCUUUGGUUAG